AAACAACCGCAACCGUUCCAAGUGGCGCCAUGGCGGCUGUGCGCAGCUUACGGGUGUCGGUGAAAUCCGACAGUGGCUCCGAUCGCUCCGACUCCGACUCCGACUCCGAGUCCGACAGAGAGGCCCGCGAGUCCGAGCCCAUGGAGGUGGAGGAGGGCGAGCUGGAGGCGGAAGACAUCUCCGUGAACCGCUCCCUGAAGGAGCUGCUGCCGGACACGAGUCGGCGCUACGAGAACAAAGCCGGGGCGUUCAUCACCGGGAUCGACGUCAACUCCAAGGAGGCCAUAGAGAGGAAGGAGAAGCGUGCGAGGCGGUUCCACGUGUGCCUUGCUCAGAGGAGCGUCGUGCUCGAUAAAGACGUGCUGAAGACAGCCAUCCCCAGGGUGCGUCUGGAGGCGGUCCAUGUGACGGGCGUGGACGACAUGAGCACGCAGGACGUCUUCGGAUACUUCAAGGAGUAUCCACCUGCUCACAUCGAGUGGAUCGAUGACACUUCCUGCAACGUGGUGUGGCUGGAUGACAUCACGUCCACCCGGGCGCUCAUCAACAGCAGCCGCAUGCCCGACCUGGAGGCCGUUACCACGGAGAUGAGCAGCAAGCCCAGCGAGCCCAGCAAAGGUCGGCGGGGUGAAUGCUCAGAUGAGGAUGAGGAUGAUGAAGAGGAGGGGGAGGUGGAGGAGGAGGCAGAGAAGAAGAGCAGCGAGGAGAUCGAAGCUAAAGAGAGCGACACCGAGCAGAAGAGCACCGAGCGCACCCAGGUGUCAGACCUCUCUCAGGCUGAAACAGAGUCUCUGCUCAGAAACGACCUGCGGCCGGCCAUCAAACCUUUUAAAGGCAACAAGCUGUUCCUGCGCUUUGCCACACAGGACGAUAAGAAGGAGCCGGGCGCCGCUCGCCGCAGCCGAUACUACAUGAAGUACGGAAACCCCAACUACGGAGGCAUGAAGGGCAUCCUGAGCAACUCCUGGAAGAGGAGGUAUCACACCCGCAGGAUCCAGAGAGAUGUCAUCAAGAGCAAGAAGCCUCUGAUUGGUGACAGCAUGGGACACACCCCGCCGUACACACACCGCCACUCUGCCGACCUGGUGAACCUGCCAGAGGAGCCCAUCAAGGAGGAGGAGGAGGAGGAGGAGGAGGAGGAGGAGCGGGCCGAGGAGGACAUGGACUCGGACGACAGGGUGGUGGAGUACAAGGAGCGAGGGCUGCGCUCGGCGGGGGCGGGGCUCCGCGGCCGGGCGGGGCGCUCGCCCUCGCCCUGGUCCGAGUCGGACGAGAUGGACUACGACCUGGAGCUGAAGAUGAUCUCCACGCCGUCGCCCAAGAAGAGCAUGAAGAUGACCAUGUACGCCGACGAGCUGGAGAGCCACCUGAAGAGCAUACGGAACUCGGUGCGGAGCGACGGCGGCUCGGCCAGCAGCUCGGCUGGCAGCUCGGCCGGCAGCUCGGCCGGCGGCUCGGCCGGCGGCGUCAGAAACCGAAUCGGCAGCAGCUCCAUGAGCAGGACCAAAAGCACGUCGCCCAGCAAGGUGACGGACGUCAGGCAGCUGCUGGAGGAGAAGAGGCAGGGCCUGUCCCAGCACCGGCAGCAGCAGCAGCAGCAGCAGCAGCAGCAGCAGCGCCCCCCGCUGGCCACCGCCUCUAAGACAGACGUGAGGCAGCGGUUGGGGAAGAGGCGUUACUCUCCGGACAGACGACGCUCCGCCUCCCCCGUCUCCCACAGAGACACGCCCCCGGCCCGAGAGCCAAUCAGUGACGUGCACAGCAGACUGGGCGUGGCCAGCCAAGACGCCAGAGGCCAUUACUCCAGUUCAUCCAAAGAGAGAAAGACAGGCCUGUGGAGCCGCCUCGGCUCCGCCGACGACGACAGCAGAGCCGAGCACGACCGCCGGCCGAGCGUCCGGGCGUCUGGCCUCUUCUCCUCCUCCAGGCUGGGCGGCGCCGAUGGUGUCAGCAGCGGCGGCGGCAGCAGGAGGCGGGGCCAGCAGCGGGAAGAGGAGGAUGACGAGGAGGAGGAGGAGGAGGACGACUCGACGCUGCAGAAGGUGUGGGGAGCGAUGAUCAAGGAGAAGCAGGAGCAGCUCUCCCACCGCAUGAAGAAGAGCCGGCUGGACAACCUGCCGUCGCUGCAGAUCGAGAUCAGCCGCGACAGCAGCGACGAGUCGGAGCCAUGAGGCGCGGCGCGGCGGGGAGGGAGGGGGCGGGGUUUCCUCACCUUUUACAGUCACCUUCAUCACCAAAUAAAGCUGAAAGCACCACUGUACACCGAGUCCCAGCAGAGCGCCGCACAUCACCACGGAGCCGCCGGGACACGAGAUCCUUUUCCUGCCAAAAGACUCCCGACGCUCCGCCUCCCCCCUCCGACCGCCACACCGGCUGCCCCUCGUUUAAAGGGACACGUCACCCAUAAUGCAUCAUUUCUGAGUCUGCACCGUGUGCUGCCUCGAAUCCCCUGACGAAAGCUUUUCUCACAAGCUCUCAUGUCAAACUGCUGGAGCGCAGGACAGAGGGUGGAGGCUCACAGAAACACCCCCCGAAACUAAACAGGCCCGCAGAUUAACAGGAACCGAGACAGUGACCCGAAAAUUAGCCACAAAAAAGAAAAUAUUUUUGCUGUAUUAUUGUAAUUAUUAUAAUGAUUAUAUAUACACAGUUUUUUAAUAGUUGGAUAUUUUACUCUAGUUCCAACAACUUUCCAAUAAUUUCUUUAGGUCAGUUUCUUUUUCCUGUGUUCCUCCUCCAUCGUCAUCAUCCUCUCCUUUUAGAAAGCUAGCGUCUUGAUAAUUUGGUGAAAAAAACAAACAAAAAAAAAAACAGAUCUUUGCUCGAAUCUUCAACUGUUGUUCUCACUUUUUAAAGCCCGCCUCCAGCUUGCUCAUUGGUCAGGAAUUCUGCCAUUCAUUUAGCUGUCUUAAAAGCGCGGAUCUGCAGCUUUGGAAUAUUUUUUUUUUUUUUACCGUGAAAGCUUUGGAGUGAGGAGGCGGCACACGGCGAGGACUCACGGGGUGAACUGUCCCUUUAACAGGAGCGACGCCUCGUGGCUUUGGAGGCGAACCUGAACGACAGGCCGAGCUUUUCUUCUUUCAUUCCACAACUUUAUCGUCUGGGACGGCCCACGAAGACCCACCACUCCAAACCGGUUCAAACCGGUUCAAACCGGUUCAGGCCGGCUGCAGCGGCGUGCGUCUGAACCUUCGACCCCGACGGCGCCGGGGCCCGGUCAGCUGGUCUGUGUUCAGCUGUGGGCGUCGAACCUGCAACCUCAUGUGUGUUUAUUCAGUUUGUUUCCUUCCUCUUCCUUUCCCUGCGGCUCUCCGCUCACACGCCUCAGAAGUUUCAGGACUUUGGGAUCAAUAAAUCAGUGAGCGGAGUUUUCCUUAUUCCUUCAAAAUAAUUUAUGACAUUUGUUUGAAUAUGAAAAAGAAGGAUGGAUGAAGCUAGAAACAGCAAACUGCUGCCAGCUGAGACGCUUCUGUUGUCGACAGGAAGAGGUGGAGGGGGGAGGGGGGGGGGGAGGAGGGUGAUGAUGGGACAAAAACAUGGAGUUUCAACACUGAUGAAUUAUGAUGGAGCCAGAAUUCCAGAUUUGGGAAAAUGACUGUAGUCCAAUAUGACCUUUGACCUCUGAGGUGCGUGUCACAGCCCCUCGUAUGGCGGUGAAUCAGGGCCUUUUGUAAGAAAAAAAUCAUUCUGAGAUAAAAGUCGUAAAUUUAUGAGGGAAAAAAAAUCAAAUUUACAAGGAAAAAAAAAAACAUUUAUUUUUAUUAUUUUAUUUUAUUGUUUUGGUCAAUGAACUAAGAACCUGAAUCAGCAAAGAAAACCUCAGAAUUUUCUGGAUUGAAGCGGAAAAUGUACAAGAAAGAAACCCUCAAAAAAUAGUUUUAUUUUUAUUAUUAAUUUUUUUUCCGUCAAGUGAUGUGAUUAGUUUCCUCGACCCCAAAAAAAUGGAGUAAACUUGAGUUUUUUCUUGUAAAUUUCUGACUUUAAUCUCAGAAAUUUUUUCUCAAACCCCCCUCCCCCCCGCUCCUCCAUUUGUUUUGUGUUUUCUUGUUGGACUUUGUGACACGAGGCUGUGAGCUGUACUUCCUCAGAAGAGCCUUCAUCCCGUGUGUCCUCCUCCUCCCCCUCCUCCUCCUCCUCCUGCUGUCGGGGGGGUCAGGCUGCCGGACGUUCUGAUUGGCCGUCUGGCCGCUUCCCUUUUCCUGGUUUGAGGACAUUUUCUGUCUGUUCUUUUUUUUUGUACAUCACAUCUUUGUGGACCUUUUUUUUUUUUUUUUUUUUUUUUUUUUAAGAGGUGUCUUUCAGCACUGUCACAUGAAGUGGGGUUCAGCUGUCUGUUACACACACACACACACACACACACACACACACACACUCACACUGUAUCAUAUCUGUCAGUGCUGUUUAAAACUGGUUGUGGCAUUCAUUCUUAUUUUAGUGAUGAACCCCGAGGCUCGGCCCAUGCAGGCUGAGCUGCUGCCGUGUUUACACACACACACACACACACACACACACACACACACAGAGCGUGACUCUUCCUCCAACAUGGCCGACACCACUGACGCCUGCCAAGAAACUCCUGCCCGACACAUUCACACCAGGGCUGCAUCUGACUUUUUUUUUUUUUUUUUUUUUUU